AUGGGAGGAUACAACAAUGGCCGAUCUGCAAAGAAGGAUGUAAGAACAGUCAAUGGAUUAGGUGAUGAUGACUUUGAGGCGUAUAGAUCUAUUUUUUUCUGGCAUUACGACGAUCUUUUGAAAAAGUAUUUUGGAAGAUUACAGCGAUUCAAACUAAGGCAGAGCAAGCUUGCAAGGCUAUUUUUUGAGUACAAAGCGCUUAGAACAUUAGAAGAUGAAAUGUGGGUUCCCACUAGCUUCAAGUAUAGUGAUGAUGCAGAACUAUUUGUUCCAAAGAGCUUUUACAUACUUACUGAAACCAUACUUAGCCUUGAUUGUAAGGUUGAUGGGAUGUUUAGGAUUGGAAACUCAAUUGAAGUAAUCAAUGAAUGUGUGAACACUAUAAAUGAAUGUGUUAAUAAGGAAGUUCCGUAUGAAGAUGCGAAGAAGAAUCUUGUCAGCAGUUUCAGUGUGAUUGACAUGACCACUGCAUUUAAACAGAUCUUAAGGGAAUAUCCAACAACGAUAGUUCCAGAAGAUUUGAUAGACACUAUACUAGAGAUCUCAAAAGUAGAUAGUAAUGAGGAUCGGCUUGUGCUAUGCCAUAUGCUGUUUUUAGCGAUGCCUAAGCCUAAUAGACAUGUUCUUGAGGCAACCAUAAACUUUUUAUAUGCCGUGCAUGACAUAUCUACAAACAAAGGAACUGACUAUGAACGAAAGAUGAACAUUGAGGGAAUAUCAACUGUCAUGAUGCCGAAUCUUGUGCUUAAGUCGCGUAACCAGUUUGAUCUUGACCAUAUAGAGACUCUUGUUGGCUUCAUGAAGGUGUUUUUUGAGAACUUUGCACGAAUUGUAUGUCUAGAUGAGAAUAUUGCUGAGCUUUGA